AUGUCUCGCCCAUAUGACCUAGUGUUGUUCGGAGCUUCCGGAUUUACCGGAGAAUACGUUCUGGAAACUUUUGUCAAGUCAGAAUACCACAAGAAGCACACUCUGGCCAUUGCCGGCAGAAACCGUUCAAAAUUGGAAAAAUCGCUGGACAAAGUAGCGAAUUUAACUGGUAAGCGCAAUUACAGUAAACUGCAGGUGGAACCAAAGUAUAAAAACUGAAGUCUGACUAUUUUUAGAGCAAAACCUUUCGCAUAUUCCCAUUCUAAUCGCUGACUCUUCGGAUUACCAAAGCUUGGUGGCCGUUACAAGCCAAACGAAAGUUGUGAUUACUGUAGUUGGACCGUACUAUCAACAUGGCGAAAAAUUGAUCGAGGCUUGUCUGGAGGGACAAAGCUCCUACGUAGACAUUUCCGGAGAGCCUAUGGCAAGUUUUUAUCAUGUUAUUUAAAGUGUUUGAUUCUUUUACAGUUCACAGAAGACACAAAACUAAAAUAUGGAGAACAGGCCAAAGAAAAGGGAGUGUACAUUGUCAGCGCUUGCGGAUUCGACAGUAUCCCAUGUGAUCUGGGAAUUCAACGACUGAAAAAGGAAUUUCCAGGGACUCUGGCCUAUGUCGAGACUGUCGCUCAAUUCAAUCCCGGACCUCACGUGAGUACAGAGUGAUUUUUCAAGCAAUUGGUUUAUCAAUACCACGAAAUUUUUACUUUUCUGAACGCUGAGAUGCCUGGCUCCGAUUUUGCGCUCAGGACACAAAAUUUGCGGCUCCGGCUCGGAGAGGCUUAGAGCCGGAGCCAAGAGCCGGCUUCAGCAAUCUCUGGACGUAACCUGUUACAGUAGAGGACCUGAUCCAGUGGCAAAAAACGUACUAUAAUACUUUGUUUCCGGGAAGUAUCAAAAAUGUGGCAAAAUGCUUCCCUGUCCAAGUGAAAAAAACUCCGAUUUCAAAAGCGCGCUCGCUCUUUUUGUGAGGGAAAGGCAAAACGAAAUUUAUUUCACUUGGAGAGGGAAGCAUUUUGCCACAUUUUUGAUGCUUCCCGGAUGCAAAAUGGUACGUUUUCUGCCAAGUCCGUCAGUGUACAUACAGUAACAAACGUAAAAAAAUUGGGGGGAUAUCUUUGCAAAACAGGUCAUGAAAAGACUAUUCAAACCUAAAAAAAUCCAAUUUAAAGUAUGCCCUAAACAUACCCUAAUAAUUUGUAGGGUUACGUUUUGAAUCAUGGCACUUAUGACAGCUUUGUCUUGGCGAUGAAUGGAAUGGCAGGAAAUGAGCGCAAAAUCAAAGAAAUCCGAAGACAAAUCAUGCCGAAAAAGCUUGAGCAAACUGCUCAUGGCCCGGGAAAACGGUAAGCACCCCUUUUUUAACUCAAAGAACAUCAAUGAGGUCUUCAACCCAUUUUUAUUUUCAGUUGCCCAGUCUCCAAAGACCAAUACACCGGGAAAUACGUGAUCCCUUUCCCCGGAAGUGAUAUUAACUGCUCGGAAAUGACGCAAUAUUACGACGCCGUUGAGAAUAACAAGUAUCCCGUCAAGAUCAGCACCUAUUUUGCGCUUCCAUCCGGCCUUGCGGCCAUUGGGAUCUUCCCUUGGCUGGUGACAGUGUUUGGACUGGCACAAUUUGGUCCUACCCGAAAAUUCUUGUUGAAUAAUCCGAAACUCGUGACCGGAGGGCAGUUUACCAAGGAAGGACCCACUAGGCAACAGAUUACUACUGUAAGAUGACUCUACCAAGACUUUUUAUUUCCUGAAAAACCAGUUCUAAUGUUUACGUUUUCAUCUUCAAGUUCCUUGAGAUAGAGUGGCGGACCUGACCCAUUGGCAAACAACGUACCAUUUUGCAUCCGAGAAGUAUCAAAAAUGUGGCAAAAUGCUUCCCUCUCCGAGUGAAAAAAACUCCGUUUUGAAGAGCGCGCCCUUUCUCUCACAAAAAGAGUAGCUUUUAAAAUCGGAGUUUUUUCACUUGAAGAGGCAUUUUGCGACAUUUUUGAUACUUCCCGGAUGCAAAAUUGAACGUUUUUUGCCACCGGAUAGACCCUUCACUGUACAAGGAGGACCCCUACUGCCCCUCUAACUUCCCUGACAUUACGUUACCCAUCCUUUUCAGAGCACAAUCACCUAUUACAUUUACGGUACCGGAUGGCCUGAGAAUGAGCCUCAACCCUCAAAACAACCCACCUUAAAGCUGAAUGGGCGAGUUGAUGGGCCCGAUUGCGCUUAUAUUGGAACAUCCGGAGCGCUUUUAUCAGCGGCGUUAACCAUUCUGGAAGACAAGGAUGUUAUGCCUAGCACGUAAGGAUCUCUUUUUUUCUUGGCCUAGUUUAAUAUCCCAAUGCUAAUAAAACAAUUUUUCAGUGGUGGCGCUUACAGCCCUGGCUGGGCCUUCAACAAUACCCGGAUCUGGGAGCGAUUGGGAAAAUUUGGAUUCACUUUUAGAACAUUCUAA